ACAAGUCGAGAACAAAAACGAAGAGAUUCAAUGGCGUCCCCACUAAAAGACCUGAGCUUGAGAAGCCAUAAAUUACUAAAAAAAUCAGCAGUUCUGUAUCACUAUCCAUGCCCCGACGGUGCAUUCGCCGCUCUGGCCGCUCAUAUGUACUUCUCAGCAACUUCUCAGCCCGUUCUUUUCUUUCCGAACACCGUCUACAAACCAAUCAAACCAGACCAACUCCCUCUCCAUGAAAUCGCCACUCUUUAUCUUCUCGAUUUUGUCGGACCAUCUGCAGAGUUCAUACACUCCAUCUCCUCCAACGUUGAUCGUGUGAUUAUACUGGAUCAUCACAAAACGGCAAUGGAGAUGCUGGGCGGUGACGAGGUGAUUGGGUGUGGUAAUGUGAGCAAAGUGAUUGAUAUGGAAAGAAGUGGAGCUACCAUAGCUUUUGAUUAUUUUAAGCAAAAGAUUGCUGGGUUGGAGGGUGAGAAUCCUAAUAAAGAUGUGUGUAUCAGUGAGUUUAACCGAGUUCGGCCGCUUUUCGACUAUAUAGAAGAUGCAGAUCUUUGGAGAUGGAAAUUAAGGAACAGUAAAGCUUUUAGUAGUGGAUUGAAAGAUUUCAACUUGGAAUUUAGUUUCCUCCUUAAUCCAUCCUUGUUUAAACAGUUACUUUCUUUGGAUCUUGAAUCCAUCAUUAGUCGAGGGAUAGUGAGUUUAUCGAUCAAGCAAAAGUUGAUUUCCGACACCCUGGAUCAAUCAUAUGAAAUUGCCCUUGGUGGUGGAGCUUUUGGACACUGCCUGGCUGUUAAUGCAGAUUCAGUGUCAGAAUUGAGGAGUGAAUUAGGACACCAGUUGGCUACCAAAAGCCAUGAUCUAAAGCUGAGGGCUAUCGGAGCUGUUGUAUAUAGAGUUGAACAACUUGCAAAUGAGCAGGUGUUCAAAAUAAGCUUAAGGAGUUUGCCGAAUGAAGACACAACACGCAUUUCACAGAAAUUCGGUGGCGGUGGUCAUCGAAAUGCCAGUUCUUUUAUGAUGAAUGUUUCAGAAUUUGAGAAAUGGAAAGUUGGCCAGAAAGCUUGAUACUCUGCAAUUUUCUACUACAAACUGCUUCUUGUUUAACUAACUUCUAGCUUUUGGUUAGUUCUCACUGAAGUUAUAUAGAUUUACUACACUUACUACACUAGAGAAAUGUCCCUUUGCCAGUAGCUUAAUCAUUAUCACCUUCAUCAAGUAAGAGACAGAAGCAAUUUUAAAUAUUUAUUUGUUUUCUGAACUUGGACGCUACUGAUAAGUUAAUAUUAAAGUUAAUCUUUUUAUUGAUUAA